AUGAGCCCGAUUGAUCUCCUCAAGACCACGACCACACUCUACGUCGCUCUCCCGCCCGCGCCGACAGGUAGCGAGGCCUCCGCCACGCUGUCCGCCGCUAUGGCCGAGGCGAGUGAUGAAGGAGCGGCCGCUGCUAUCGAGAGUGUCCCCGAGGUCAUCCCUCUGAGGGAGGCAAUGCGCUCAGCGAUAGAGAGCUACAUGCCUCAUGGCUUCACGGUCCUGUUCUUUCUCUUCCUUGCCUGGGUCUUCUAUCGCAACACGAGCAUCACGCUUGAGUUGGCAUACGUCGAUGGGCUGAGGUAUCUGCACCAGCGGAUAGAUGAGCUCCAUCAGCGCCUGGACCAUGACAACCGUCAAUGGGCCCAGAGGCUCGAGGUAGAGCCUAUUGCCACAUUCGAGAGGCAGCAGCACGAUACACCUUUUGGGUGGAACCUGAACUGUCGCCUGUCGAGUAGGCAGCAGCCUCCGCCGCCUCCGCCUUCUCAUGCGCAAACGUGUACGCGCGAGCAGGAGAUGCGGCAGACCUCGUCUGCAUCGGCGAGCAGGCCGCAGUCCAACCGCGAGACGUCGUCUCGAUCCCAUGAUGGCCAGACGUCUCAGCCGUCGAACACCGAGCACCAGAGCUCUGGCGACAGACAGCCUGGCACCGGAGAGGAGCCGGACACGCCUUUGCUCAGCUAG